AUGAAGAGGAGAGAAUUCAGAACGCCAGCAAGCCUAAAUUCGAGAGCAUUGUUACUCAUGCUAGAAGAGACUGAAGGACUCGUCAUAGACCCUCGCUACAACGCAGACGAUGGAGAUGAUGUGGUGGAGAAAAGUGAUACUGAAAUGGAGCAAGGAGAGGAGAAAGCUGAGAAAAUAUCAAUAUCUCAUCUUCAACGGAAAACGCGGAAACAAAAGGCAAACGCAGCCAAAGAGAAGAAACUUCAGCGUGAACACAAGCGGCGAAAGGCUCUAGAAAAAGCACAACAUGACGUAUACAGAGCUAAGAACAUUAACAAGGCACUGGAAAGCGCCGAGAAGGAAUCUAUCGAAAAAUCCGCAAAGCGAAAGAAGGAAAAAUUCCUGGAAAAGAUGACGACAAGGCAGCGCCUAGGGCGUGGAGAGUUCAAGGACUAUGAAGAGCCAUUUCUUCUACAAGAGGAACUGACGGACUCUCUUCGAUUGUUGAAGCCGCAAGGGCAUGUGCUUGAAUGA